UCUGUGCCAAUAAUAUUCUCUCUUGCGGACUACGCAACCGCCACGCGGGAUCUUUCGUGACCUUGCCUUCAACAGAUAAAACAAUUCGGAUGCCAAGACCUAAGCGCGCUAACAUAGCGCGAAGCGAUGCUUAUAACGCGAUCGCGCCGUUGGCAAAGGUGCUACAUUUGCCGACAUCUUCAUUUUCAACACUGAUUUCUACACGAAACUCACUUGGUAAUCCCGGAUCAGCUUUCUUCCGGAAAGAUGGAGAUCCAAAUGUGCUGACUGAUCCUGUGGUGAAGAAAAUUGCCGAAGGACAUGGCAAAACACCCGCACAAGUUGCACUCCGAUGGGCAAUACAGUUGGAUAUUAUUGUUAUUCCGAAGUCCGUCUCAGAAUCCCGCAUCAAGGAAAAUGUGGCACUUUUCGACUUCAAACUAUCAGAGGAAGAAAUGAAGGAGAUGGAAGGUCUCGACCGCGGAUGGCGAAUUGUAAAUCUUAGCGCAAGCAAUCGCGAACAUCCUCAUAACCCAUACAAUGAAGAGUUUUAGAU